CGAGCGUGAAUAAAUUGGCUCCUGCUGUCGCUGGUCGCCGCGAUGGGAAAGACAUCCAAGGACAAGCGGGACAUAUACUACCGCAAAGCCAAAGAGCAAGGCUAUCGAGCUCGAUCAGCAUUCAAGCUCAUCCAACUCGAUGAAACGUUUCAUCUGUUGGACGGUGUCACGCGCGUGGUUGAUCUGUGUGCCGCUCCUGGUGGAUGGACUCAAGUGAUUGCCGAACGAUUGCAUCCUGCGUACGUUAAUUGCCCAUCACUUGUCUAAUGGGGUUGCUUCAGGGAGAACCCCGACGUCCAGAUUGUCGCGGUCGACCUCAUGGAGAUGGCGCCACUAGACCACGCGAUUCAGAUCCAAGGAGACAUCACAGCGCAAUCCACGGCCGACGCCAUCAUCGGUCACUUCCACGGUGGCAAGGCGCACCUGGUUGUGAGCGACGGCGCGCCCGACGUCUUGGGGUUGCACGACUUGGACGAGUACCUUCAAGCGCAGUUGGUGCUGGCUGCGCUGAACAUCAGCUUACACAUCCUCGAGGAGGGCGGGACGUUCGUGGCCAAGCUGUUUCGAGGCAAAGAAGUGUCGCGGCUGUACGCCCACCUCGGUCGAUACUUUCGCCACGUUGUGUGCGCCAAGCCCAAAGCAAGUCGCAACUCGAGCUUCGAGAGCUUCGUCGUGUGCCAAGGCCUGCAUUUCUCCCACGGCCCCCCCACCUCCAUGGCCCUAAACUUGUUCGAUCUCCCGUACGAACACGACCAUGCCCGCCUCGCAGGGUCGACCCCCGUCCUCUUCAAAUCGUGCGGGGACGUCGAUGGCUGGGACGCUGACCAGUCGUACCCCAUUGACGACAACAACACGUACGCGCACCAAGAGCCGCUCCAGAAACCCAUCAACCCACCGUAUGCCCUCGCUAAGAAAUCCAAAACAAAGUAAUAUGCUGUCCACACUAAUUCGAGUUUUUACUCUAUUUACCGACGUCCACGAUUUACCGAACAUCCGAAUGCCCGCCCGUCUGGAUGCCACCCACCAAUAUUAUGGGAUAUUGGAAUAUUGAAUAAAAAACAU